AUGGCAGCAAGUUCGCUGAGAACUAGGAGGAACAAGCACAGUUUUAGCAGGAUUGAAGGUGAAGAAGCUUUUGAUGAGCUGAAGCGCUUAUCAUCCAUUCCCAAUCACAAGCAGCUUACACUACAAUCAAUCUAUGAGGCGCUCGAAGGAGAGAUCAGUCAAGUUAAAGAAGACAUCAACUGCGUCUAUCAGGCAGUCAGAAAUGACAUCAAUCUUGAAAAUGAGCAAAUGGAAACAGUUGGACAUCAACUGAAGAAAUCGGCAAAGAAAGUGAAUCACAUGUAUGACAAAGUCCUAGCGAGCAGGUCACAGAAUAACAACUCAAUUGGCGCCAGCAUGUUGCAGAAACUUUCCGAUGAUGUCGAAAAUGUAGCCAGUGCGCUCAAGGGGAUCGACAAUACCGUAGAUAGUAUUUUGACUAUUUUCUCUCAGAUUGACUCAAGGAUUCCACAGAAAAAUCGACUGCUAAACGGUCACGGUUUCAACGAGCAACACUACCCACUUCUGUUUGGUUUAAUGCAUCAGAAAUUUGGCGAUCGACUCGUAACACAGCAAGAAGAAUCGGGUUCCGAUAAGCCUGAAUCUAUACAACUGACGGAAAACAGGACAGGUGCGGCCUCACCCAGGUCAACAAGCCCUACCAUGAGUCGCGCCCAACUUGAACCCACAGAGAUAGUGAGCGAUCUAAUUACAAAAUAUAGAAUCUCGCAGGCCGCGAAGCGCACAUCAACCAAGGCUGAUGAUAGUUAUCUCCCUCCCUCGCUAAGAAGGAUCACUGCGCCAUCGACCAAAACCACAUUAGAAACUAUAACAGCGGAGCUGUCUCGGAACGGGGACCCCAAUUCUUGA